AUGCUCACCUUGAAAUGCCCAGUGCAUUCACAUGCAGCAAAGAAGAUUAUUAACGCAGCCAGCAAAUUACUAGUGAAAGAGAGAAUCCAUCAUCACCGGAACACCAAAGCAAGAACCUUAACCACCAUUACCCAGCUGCAGGAGAAACUAAGGUCGACCUUAAGUGAUCAACAUUACAAAUCAUUGCGACAGGCACAAACAAACAGCAACCAACGGCUUGACGAGAAAAUUGAAGGAUCUCAAAAAAGAAAGUUUGAACUUCUGUCUAAGCACACUAACAGAGAGAGUACUCAACGGCCCACGAGUCACACUAGCAAAACCGUCAUCAAUCUAAGCAGUCGGACCCUCACACCCAAUGAAGCGACAUUACUGGCUAAGGGUUUGAACUAUAUUCCUACCCAGGACAAAAUCCCCAGAGGUGAUUUUGUGUCAGCCAUAGAAAAAGGUCUUCAACAACUCGCCCCUGGAGGUAACGUUGAUUACAUGCGACACCAAAUCAGCGACAUUCUCAUCAAAGCAACCAAGCAAAAACCAAAUAUCAACCGAGAAGAAAGAACGGCCAUCAAGAACCUACGCACCGAUAAUACCAUCACCAUCGUCCCUGCAGACAAAGGAAGAGCCACAGUUAUACUUGACAAGAACAAAUUCAACCAACUAGUCAACGACAUGCUCAGCGACACAACGACAUACAGGCAAAUAACCAAAGACCCCACACCGAAGCUAGAAAGAGAAUUUAGGGCAAAACUCAAAGCCCUGCAGAACAGCAAUGAAAUCGACAUCCAACUGUACCGAAAGCUCAACACCAGGCACCCCAGAGCACCUUACGCCAGGGCAAGCAUCAAAGUCCAUAAGAACCCAAUCAAAGCCCGACUCCUCAUCUGCUCCAGAGGCACUGUCCACUACAACGCGGCACAGUACCUCACUAAACUCCCAACACCUCUGGGCAAAACUUCCAAAUCUUACAUCAGACUCAGCAGAAUUUUGUAA